UGAUGUUGAUGGUGGUAAACAACAACAGGAACAGGAAAUCAUUGGUCAUGAUAUGAAAUUAGAUAAUCAAUUUCAUGAUAUGGAUAUGGAUCAUGAAAAAAUUGUUGACUUUUGUUAUGAUGAUGAUCAUGAUGAUCAUGAUGAAGAAGAUCUUGAAUAUUUAGAUCUUGAAGAAGAAGAUGAUGAUGAUGACGAAGAAAAAGCUACAACGACCACCACUCAAUUCAAUAAAGAAUCAUCUACUAGUAAUUUAAUGGGCACUAAAAAAAAUACAACCAACUCAACAACAACAACAACAACAACACCAUCAUCAACAACAACCAAAGCAUCAUCGUCGUCAUCAUCACCAUUUGUUAAUCGUGUCAAAGUUUUUGAAGAAUUAAUUGAAAAUUGUAAAUUAAAUUGUAUAAAAGAAUCAUUAAUACAAUCAAAUGAGAUCAGUAGCAAUGGACAAAUGGACAAAACAACCAUAUUGAUGGCUGAAAAACGUUUGAAUCAAAUUAUUGAUCAAUUAUCACGUUUACGGCAACGUUUUAUACAACGAAGUGAAUCAUCAUCAUCAACAUCAACAACAUCGUCAUCGUCAACGGAUCAUGAGUUUUCAAAAAAUCUAGAUGGCUCCGCUUCCGGAACUUCAUCAUCAUCAUCAUCAUCAUCAUUGUUUUUAGAUCAGACCACAAUUCAACAACAACAUCUUCAGGAUAACAUUAACAUUUUUGCUGCAUCCAAAAUUCAUCAUUUAUCACAACAACAACAACAACAUUUGACAAACACUGGUUCAUUAUAUGAAUCAUUAUCGGCCAAUACAAUUCAAACCCUUAUGAAUUCACAAAAUCCAUCGACAUUUAAUCUGGAAAAUUAUCUUCAUGGUCGAUCAUCAAGUAAUUUAUUUUUGAACAAUUUACUUCUUUCAACAUCACAUCAACAUUUCCAUCAUCAAUCCACAUCAGAUUUACAUCAGAAUCAAAUAAAAUUAGCAACGGCUGCAGCUGCUGCAGCAGCAGCGAUGGCUACAACAGUAAAAAAUUCAACAGAUUCAUCAACUGGAAUUGCUCCAAUCAAUAUGGAAGCAUUGGAUAUUGAAAAAAUGUCAAAUUCAAUUCUGAAUCAUUAUAAUGCUGCCAUGUUGAUGCCAAAUUUAUUGAAUAAUUUUACGGAAUUAAAAUCCAAUCCUAAAAUGGAAACAUCAUUGAAGAACCAUAAUAAUCAUCACCAACAAGAAUCAUUGCAUAUGGAUCAUCAACAAGAAUCGACCAAAGAAUCAUUGAUUAAUCAACUAAAAAUGGUAACUGUUAUCAAAUAA